CAGGACGCAGGGAGGGAGAAAGAGAGGAGAAAAGUGCGGGAAUCGGGAAGUGCUUUCCGUGGUUUCUGGUCGUUUGAGCUUUCCGUAUUGAGUUUACGUAUUCACUGUAUCCGCUCUACAUUAUAUCUCUUUUCUCAUAUGUUCUCGUGACAUGGGUAUUCAAGGCCUCCUCCCGUUUGUAAAAAAUGCUUCUAGGCCGGUCAACGUGAAGGAUUUUAGAGGGUGUACUGUAGCUGUUGACACAUACUGCUGGCUUCAUAAAGGUGCAUUUUCGUGCGCCGAAAGACUAAUUAAAGGGGAACAAACAGAUGGAUACGUCAGCUACGUGAUCAAGAUGGCAAAUAUGCUGAUAUCUGCCGGUGUACAUCCGAUUCUUGUGUUCGAUGGUCAACGCCUUCCUUCUAAAAAGAAUACAGAGGAAAAGCGAAGAGAGCUACGUGAAAUGAACAGAAAGAAGGCAAAGCAAUUCUUAGUAGAAGGCAAAAUCAAAGAAGCUCGCGAGUGUUACCAACGGGCUGUUGACAUCACUCCUGAGAUGGCGUUUGAUGUUAUACAGGCAUGUCGGAGCAGAGCCAUUGACUACAUCGUAGCACCUUAUGAAGCUGAUGCUCAACUUGCAUACCUCGUCAAGGCUGGUAUUGCAGACAUCGUCAUCACAGAAGACUCAGAUCUCAUACUCUUUGGUUGUGAUAAGAUCAUCUUUAAAAUGGACCAAGGUGGCAACGGUGUCCUGGUGGAAGCAUCGAAUCUUGGCAAAUGCCUGGGAAACAGUGCAGAGAAAUUCACGCACGAAAAAUUUCGUCAGAUGUGCAUUCUUUCUGGGUGUGACUAUCUCUCAUCACUGCCUGGCAUAGGCUUGGCAAAAGCACUGAAGUUCUUCAGGCUGAUCACAAACCCUGACCUACGAGCGACUCUACCCAAACUGCCAGUCUACCUCAAAAUGCCCCAGCUGAAUGUAACUGAGGAAUAUAUUGAGGGGUUCCUCAGGGCAGAGAACACCUUUCUGUACCAGCUAGUGUUUUGUCCCGCUCGAAACAAACUGGUACCGCUCAACCCAUAUCCUCCAGGCACAGACGCGCAGCAGUUUACGUACGCGGGAAAAGAACUGUCGGAUGAACAGGCUUUUCAAGUAGCCGUUGGCAAUAUCAAUGUCAAUACGCAUGCAACAAUAGACUUUUACUCUCCACCGAACAGAAAGAUAUUGAAAGAGCACAAUAGCGGUGCACAGAAAGAGGAUGUAAAAAGGACAAAGUUAGGUGCUUUUGCACCAAUUACAAGGAGCGCUAAGGACAACAGGCAUGUCCCCAAAACCCCACCAAAGCGUGCGCAAUCCCUACCGACGAAAGAGAACAAGUCCCCAGAGGAAAAGGAGAUGUCACAAACCCGGAGGACUACCUCACUUAUCAAUACAAGAUUUAUUGAUGACGAUGAUGAUGCUGAGGAUAUCAAGCACGAAGAAGAAUCAAGCAUAAAGCAGCCUAAGCAGAAUUUGGCUGCAGUUUCCACGCCCCCUGUGAAUGUAUUCAAAGUUGCCUGCAAGCCUCCUGUACUACGUAGCAGGUUUUUUUCUGCCCCUCCAAAAUGCAACAAGAAAGGCGACACAGAGAAGCCUCGGAGCUUACUGCAGUCGUUAGAAUCCGACUGCGAAACACCUAAGAGUUCAAGAGACAAAGAAAGGACCUUUUCCAAGUUUCAGUGGCGGCGCACAUCCUUCAGCGAGACAUUCGCUACCCAGGAGCCCCAGGCUCCUACCGCCGCUCUUACACCAUUCAAGAAGCUACGCAUGAGCAUGGCUAAAACAGUUAAACAAAGCGAGACAAGCCCUGAAGGCUCAUCCUCGAGAACAUCGGAUGAAGACAAAUGUUCCGAUCAAGUAGAACUACCAGAAGUUCAAAGCGACAACGGCGCAACAACGCCACUAGCACGAACGCAAAUACGUAAUCCUUUCGCAAAGAAGCCAAGCGUGAAUGCAUCAUCAUUGGCAACCUCAAGCAGAGCUGAGGCACCACUUUCGGAAGACGAAGAUCCGAUUCCUAAGACGGAGUCUCGGCAGAGUACGCCAGACCAAAAGCAGUCCAGACAUCAGUCGGAUUUCGAGCUCGAGUUUGAAGAUUCGUCACCCGUUCUGGAAGAACGUGUCUGUUCACGUGAACUGGAAGAGAGCGGCAGCAAGCUAGGGAGCUGCUGCGAAGAAGCUGACAAGUCUGACGAUGACGAGACGCCAUUGCCCUUUGGUAGGCCUACUGAAGGUGAAGAAUUCUUGAGUGGCAUAAGUAGCUGCAUUAUUGUGGAGGACAGCGUAGAAACGGAGGGGACAUCCUGUAGAGGUGUCGCAAAAACGUUCCUACAAUCAAGACCUACAAAGAAAGCAAUGCCCAAGACAAGAAGAUUGGGACUGACCAAGACAAAACCGAAGAAAGACGUCUGCCAACCCAGCAUUGUUGAAACUUUGGCAAAGUUCAAGUUCAAAAGGAGCCAACACAGCAAAGCCAUUUGCAUAGACUGACUUCUGACCAGCCAGUAGCUAUAUAUUCCUACGAUGCUCACUGUACAGCUUUUAAAAUAAAAUUUUAUUUUAUACUUUUUAACAAAGGGCA